AGCUAAUGGCUGUAUAGCAGCGCAAUCGGAAAUCCUAUAAUCCCACGAGUUAGAACUCAGUCAAACAAGCAAUGAGUGACAAUAUUGUGGAAUGAGAUGCUCCUCAGAGAUCUUGGUGAUGAAGUAAAUUUCAUUGCCAAAGGCAUCAACUACUAUCUAGGCGUGAUAAAGUUUUUUAAUCACUGGAGGGGGGUGUGCAAGCAAGGAAGUGCAAUGGCAACGUACCGAAAGAGCGAGCUGUUGGCAACAGUAGAGUCGAGUGGCAUGAAUGCGCAAACCUGUUUAGUCUUCAACAUGUUAGCGAUGAGACUCAAUGAAGGUAUGUAUGGUGUCAAGAAACAAUGUAGAAGUGAGGAUAUCAGAAUAUGUAAGAAAUUGAAUAUCAUGCGACAGUGCUGUAUAAGAACCCCGGCGAGGGCUCACAGACACUGGGUCAAUCGCAAAUUACCGCAUCAUGUAAGGAGGAGGGGGAAGUAAACAGAGAAAGCUUCAAGGUAGAAAGAGCUUACCAGUUAUUGUGUGGAGAGUCCAGCUCCCUGGUGGAGUUUGAGUUAGUAAACAAGAUGGCGGAGUAGUUCUGGACAGAACGACAUUAUGUUCUGAUGCAAGAUGGCUCAAAGGUCGACAGAGUCUGGACCUUUUAAGUUCUGCAAGAUAGCAAGAGGAACAAGCAAAG